CAACACCAAGUUUGAGUAAAUGUCCAGUUAGGAGGAGGAAGAACCUGACAGUUUACUUAAUAAGUGCAUAUUAAGUACAUACAUAUAUAUUUUCAUUUUCUGGGUAUUAUUUAUUCCAGGAAAACCAAAUCCUGCCCAAGAUAUUUUAAUGCAGUUGUUAGCACACAGAUUCCUUAGGCUGGAGGGAGGGCUUGGGGUGCUCACCUGACUGGGAUUAGACUGUUUAGCAUAUUUUUCUAACCUUCUGAACGCUGAGAGAGAAUUGCAAAGGAACCUUCACAAUACCACAGAGGGCAGCCAGAAUUCCAGAGCUGGACACUGUUAAGAUCACUGCAUGAAGGCAUCUAUUUAAGUUAUGCUGAGCACCACCUUUGUUAAAUAAAUACACAACAGGACUUUCCAACAGCCCUAUCAAUGACAAUCACACGUCAUAUUCAGGGUUGGGCUUCUCCAAAUUCCUCAGAUUUGGAACUUGGUGAAUCUAGAGAUACCAGCCUAUUUCAAGAAGAGGGAAUGAGUGAAGUUAAUAGGCUGCCCCUCUGUGCCACAUCUGAAGAUGAGGUGAAGUUCUGCAAUCCUGCCUUUGACUCUAUGUCUGAGGUCUUCUUAACAGAAACUAUUGGAGAAGAUACUGUGCCACCAACCUCCCAGGUCAGCACUGUUCCUAGACCAAGGGGAAGGUGUUGUUCCAACAGGCCCCGAGCCAACCACACCAUCAUCAUAAUUCUUACUACACUGCUGGUUCUUUUUGUUCUGAUCUUCAGCUUCACAUUGGGAAUCUUGAUCUCCAAACACAAAGUAGAAGAUUUGGCACUAACUGGUGUCUCACCAAAUAACAACAGCAACAUUUCAUCCCCAGACUCUAGGGAUUUUACAGAAUCCAUCUCAACAGUUUGUGGAGGCACCUUGAAUGACCCGGAAGGAUCUUUCAACUCACCAAACUACCCAUACCUUUAUCCUCCCAACUCUCAUUGCUCCUGGUUUCUGGAAGCAGAGCCAGGUCAUCUGGUCCAGUUGAAGAUUAUAGUGUUAGAUGUUGAGGGCUAUGGAAGCUGCCUUGUUGAUUGGUUGGAGCUUAGUGAUGGGAAUAUAACUAGCAGAUUCUGUGGCUCAGUUGCUCCUACUACUUUCAUCUCUCAUUCCCACUGGCUACAUGUAGUGUUUGUAUCAGAUGGAAGUGUGGGGGCCACAGGUUUUCUUGCGACAUACCGGAUGAUAAAGCCCAGUCAGGGAAGCUGUUCAUGGGAUGAGUUCUUGUGUGAUGAAAGGCGAUGUAUCCUUCUUCCUGCACUUUGCGAUGGGCUUGCAGACUGUGCUGACAGGAGAGAUGAGGAGAACUGCAACCAGACAAACAAGGACUGUGGGGGCUUACUAAACAGCAUGCAGGGAUCUCUCCAGUCUCCUAAUCACCCUGGAUUCUACCCUGGGAAAAUUAUAUGCCGGUGGCUUCUUUCUGUGCAAGAUGGUCUCAUCAUUAAACUUCAGUUCCAUAACUUCAGCCUAGAAUCAGAUCUAAGAUGCAGAUUUGACUACGUGGAAAUCCAUGAUAGUGCUGGUCUGGGCACGCCCAGCCUUAUGGGGAGGUUUUGUGGGUCUCAGGUUCCUCCAACCCUUACUUCCUCUGGGGCACAAAUGACUGUUCUGUUUGUAGCAGAUGAAGUAACAUCUGGAUUAGGUUUCUCUGCCACCUAUGAAGCCAUAAAUAUCACAGAAAAUGAGUGUAAUCCCAAGGAGCUGAGAUGCGGCAGUGGUGAAUGUUUGUCUCUGCAGUGGGCUUGUGAUGGGUGGCUUGACUGUCCAGAUGGAAGAGAUGAACUAGGCUGUCCCGAGACACCAGACAUCAAGCCAGAGGUUCCGUGCCAGCCUGUGCAGGUUCCUAUGUGCCAGGGACUUUCUUAUUCACAAACGGCAUUCCCUAAUCUUUGGGUGUCACUCCAUGAACAGCAAGCAGCCAGUGAGCUUCUCACAGGAUACAAGAUCCUUCAGGAGCUGCCAUGUUUCCCAGUUUUAAGGCCCUUUUUCUGUGCUUUGCUGGUUCCCAGUUGCUCUGCAGAGGGAGGUGUUUUACAGCCAUGUCGCUCUGUCUGUGUAAAUGCAGAACAGCACUGCCUUGCACAGCUGCAUCAGCUUGGGUUAGCCUGGCCAUUUAACUGCAAUUUACUCCCACCUCACGCCCAGCAGCCAGACUGUGUCAUUCCCUAAGGGACUCAAUGUACUUGGAAGGCCACACACAAUCCAUCCCCACACCAUUAUGUACAUCACCUCUCACUCUCAAAGAAUCAAAGGUCUGCCCCCUUUGUGGUCCUAUAUUAAUGACUUAAUUUUGUUUCCCUUUUUUAUUCCUUUCUUUCCUCAUCCCCCCCCCAUUAAUAUUUAUAGCCCUCCUUCAAACAUCCUCUGUCUCCCCACAUCUUCAAAAGAAAGACACUCAUAGGACACGAAAAACAAGACCUUGGGCCAUUCUCAUUGUGGGAUAGAUGAUAACUUGAGUGCUGGCAAGACCAGCAGGGUAAACUGUAUGGAACACUGACAACUUCACCAUGCCAUGUGGUCGUAAUGUUAUUUGCCAGGCCUGUCUACCCUGGAUGGAACAUCAGAAGAACAAAAGCUUCACCAUUUUCGAUAAUCCAUUGUUUGUAUGCAAAUUCGGCAAAAUAUUAUACAAAAAUUGAUUGCCCA